ACCCUCUUUUCUGACAGGCAUUAAUCCGGUCGCCUGCUGGUCCUUCCUCCUUUUCUACGUCGCUGCGCGAGGCCGCUGUCAAGAUGAACGACACGGUUACUGUAAGGACACGCAAGUUCAUGACAAACAGGCUGCUUCAAAGGAAGCAGAUGGUUGUCGAUGUCCUGCAUCCGGGCAAGGCCACAGUCCCAAAGACUGAAAUCAGGGAGAAGCUUGCCAAGAUGUACAAGACCACCCCUGACGUGGUGUUCGUCUUUGGGUUCAGGACUCAGUUUGGUGGCGGCAAGACAACAGGUUUCGCCAUGGUCUACGACUCCCUAGAUUACGCUAAGAAGAAUGAGCCAAAACACAGACUGGCCAGGCAUGGUCUCUAUGAGAAAAAGAAGACCUCAAGGAAACAGCGCAAGGAACGCAAGAACAGAAUGAAGAAAGUGCGAGGCACCAAGAAAUCCUCUGUGGGCGCUGCCAGCAAAAAGAAAUGAAGUGUCAGGUAUAAAUAUAGAGUAGGAGCAUGGAGUGCCCGUGUUUUGCACAUCCAAAGCAGAUAGGUUGGAGCUGUACCGUGCAUGUCACACCCAGUUUACCCUCCCCUUUAGUGGUUCCCUACUCCUGUGGUUUCCAACUCCCUCUGCCUCAGGCCUUUGUACCACUGGACCGUACCUACGAUAGCUAAUGUUUUAACAGACACUUGCUGUCAAGCGGAACACAAGUGUCUUUGGUUGUUUAAGUAAGUGUGGAGCAGCCUGACCAGCGUGUCCUUACCUCACCAUAAUGAAACACUGUUUCAUGUUAGUCACUAUCAGUGUGUUGUUUGGAGCUUCGCUCAAAUCUUCAUCCUAAUACCAGGAAUAAAUGUUCUCAAUAAAGCUUGGAUUAACUUUGGCUGUUUUCUCCCCUCCCAGUGAGCCCCGCCAGCCCAGGAUGCUCUUCAUGCUCAACAUGUUGUUUAUUGUUAUCAAAUAAAAGUUUGGAGAAAAAGACA